AUGUCGGCCCCCCCACCACCACCACCGCCACCGCCUCCUGGUCCCCCUCCAGCCCCAAUGCCCCCUCCAGUUUCUGGGGGAGGGGGAGGUGGGCCUGCUUUCCUCGCAGACAUCCGCAAGGGUGUUGGUCUCAAGAAGGUCCCUGAAUCGAUGAAAAACGAUCGCAGUGCUCCCGUAAAAGGUGAAUUUAUGAAACUAGUGUACGUCUAUAUGGCCAACGAAGACCGUUUAACGCCGACGUCUGUCGUCUUAAUUGAGUGUUCUGUCAUUAACCUAGAACAUAUCUCUGACUAAUGAUCUUCAAAUCAGUGUAGGUUGUUACAUUAUUGAGGGCAAGUUUACGGAUAUCGAGAAAUGAGGUUUUUGAUGGAUACUGAAGUCAUUAGAAUUUCAAGGUUGUAUUGGUGCUAGUUAAAUCUCAGAUAUCAAACUACGCCUAUAACAAAACGACGACUUUUCACUCAUAUCUUCCAGGUAGGCAAUAAGUAGGAAACAACACUACAAGACUAUAAAGAAGUUCAGUUUGUACCAGAUCCAUUCAUGUCCAAAGUAAUUAUUGUCGACAGCAUUGCCGCGAUUGUGAAUCAAUUCAAGGAGGUGCAAUCUGUUCUCGACUGCCUAGGGGCCAAAGUUCGUGGUUUAUGCGUGGUUUGACUCAAAAAAGCCAUUAUUGCCCGCAGCCGAUUCACAGAAAUGGGAGUGUGCCAUCUACCUCAUGCAUCGAAGAUCGAAGCAGUUGACUUUCUUUUCUCUCAAUUGUUUUUUGCUAAUACGAAGACAAUGUUGGGGAGAAGAUUCCGCUUCUCUUUUGUUAUAUUUGGGAGGAGCUAUACAAAAAGGCGCUGCAAGCAACAUGCGAAAACCAUACUCAGCCGUCUGUUGAGGUUAUUUUCGACGAAAGGAGAGGUCCGGCCAACAGCAGUAGUUGUGAAUCUUAACCUAUACCAGAUGUUACUUUUCAGACGCUCGAAGUACUUAUAAGCAGUACCUUCAACGCAUUCGACUACUGAAACUGCCGAGUCACGCCUAAAUAUGGAACUUCGCAGCCAUUCGGGAUUUGUUUACUGUUAGUAUUACAUGGAAACACACGCCACAGAUGAUUUGGGUGCAGAUUUUGUCAGCCGGAGGAAAGCACGUCUGAGGUAUCGAUCCUUAACCCCUCGGUAUAUGCCGCAUAUAUAACCAGUUCAAAAAUCGUCCAAUACAACCAUGCUAGAUUUUGAGACAUUGCAGGACGCUAUAAAGUCAACUUGAUAAACAGCACUGAGGGUGCAAGCAUUUACAGCAGCGCAUGAGUCUGUGCUUAGCCUAGCUAAUGCCUCCUGUCCGGUUAACUCAGUUCUAAUGAAACCCAGGACACACAUAUAAGCUACAAGUACAUGCAAAAGAUCGACUACUUCAGAUAGCUGAAACAAGAGCCUUUCUGACUUGACAGUUUGGGUUUCUAUUCAAAUGCACAAGCUGAAAGAUGUGGACAACAAGAAAAUCGACAUUUGAAAGAGUUACUUGAUAUACUGUCUCAUGCCAUUUGAGUCCCUGAUUGUUGAACAUUCACAAAAACUAUCCGUAACAGCCACGGAGACCGCUUCACCGACUCUGUGCGCGGCAUGGCAAUGAAAUUAUACCAAUGUUUGGGCUCCAUGUAUUUCCGUGCCUCCCUCUGGUUCUGUCCCUGCGGCCUGUUUUGACGUGCGAAUUCAAGACGCGAGGCCAAUAACACUCUUGCUCUAGAUGCUAGCAGACUGCCUAAAAGUGAUUGCACACAGAAGGUAAAAAGAACUAUAUUCAGCAAAAUGCGAAACAUGUCCAAACUGUAUGACUGUAUCCACCACAUUCGCGCCGGACCGGACGGAAAGUCUUCCGUCAACCAUGGAAUACCAUUGAACUUUCGAUAGUCAUAGAGAACACUGGUUUCGGGGCAUUUAAAGAUUCAGACGCCACACAACCCCACUACUCGUUUUAACGAAAAUUACAUUGUACGGCUUGAUUGUUAGAGGACAUUAGCACUUACAUAUGACCGUUUGACCAUCGCAUCCGAUGAUGUCUAUCGUUUGCUCCACAACAAAGUGAAGCAGGCAUGGUGAAAUGCGCGGGAUAGUAGACUUGCACAGCACCUACCGCACUCUCUCCUCCCCCACCUGGACCCGGUGUCAAGACGGAGUCAAGAUGACCGAAGGCGAGGGAGGGCGCAGGUGAAUGGCACGGUCGAGCCCGCACUUUGGCGUUUCACUCCACACCCCCUGGUCCACACAGCAAAUGACCAGGAUUUUGAACAACAACAAAAGGGGCUGGCGCGGUCGAGGCCCCACCUAGGCGUGUCGUCACGCCUGGCUCGGAUCCCACGGAGUGGGAGUACCAUAAAAUUCAUAUUAAGAAGGCGCCCUUUCAGCCUGAGCUUCAGAUCAUCAGUCGGCCGCUCCAAACAAACGCACAACACUGGGCCUACUGCGAGGUCAAAAUUAUCCCGUCCUUUGGCAACCUUCCAAGGCACGACUUUUAGCGCAUCGAGCACUUGCAUAUAAUUCUCACUUGUCUGCACAGAACACAUCCCUUGGAUCGUAUCCGUCCAAGUCAGCAGUAGCAUUGUGUCCUCACUACGAACACUUCCAAACAGAACUGAACAAUACCAUCUUCUGGCUAAAUGGAAAGGGUUUAACUGACUGUCUUCAUGAUCCAGUAAUUAAGUAGAAAGUAAGGUUCAAGUCCUGAGUAACAAUGCGAUUUACAGUGGACCGGGCUCGCCAGAUCUGCAUCAUACAGAGGCGGGACCACAGCCGUGUCACACAAGCACAUUUUGACAAAAUUGUCUCCCGCCGUGCGGCUGAUGUCAGCAUACCUCCGUCGGUCUCGUCGAUCGCCGGGUCGUCCUUGCUGAUGUUAGCAGCCGACGCACUGACUUCCUCGCAUGUCCACCAGAACUGUCUGACCGAACUUUAAACACUAACUCCCUGCGACAGAGUUUAAACACGGGUUCUGUCACGAAAGUUCACUGCCUAUAAUUUUCUACCCUCUACAGAACUGUUUGUCCCUCCUAGUGUGAAUUCUGUCUAUCUAUUUUCAGCCGACUCGCCUAGAGGAAGUGUCAGCGGAGGGGGUGGCGCAAGCAGGGGUCCCCCUGUCGGUGGCGGCGGCGGCGGCGGCGGUAUGCCCUCACAAGCGGACAUUAAGUCAAAGCUUAAUGCAAUGUUUGGUGGUGCUGCCGUUCCCCAAGCUGUACGUUGCGUAUUUUUGACCUUGCUUGCUUCCCUGGGGUCCUUUGGGUGGGUUUUAUUACUCCACUCAUCAAAAGUCGUCUGCUUGUAAGCCAAGACCCUGAGACGGUCUAUUCUGGUCUAUUCCUUCUCAUCAUCAGCCAUCCGCCAUCAAGUCUCUAGGUGCAGAAGCUAUGCGAUACUAGGGGAAGGUUCACAAAACCACACUGUCGUUUACUUACGUCACCCAACGAUUGCACUUACGUGUUUGGCUUUCUUGCAUGACUGAAUACAUGUGAUUUUGUUUUUACUGGAGUGGGGAGAAGAGUCCUGAGAAGACCGAACAAGUGUACUCCUGCGAUCCGACCCCACUGCACGUUAUGCUUGCGUCAGUUUAUCUGUUUCCAGCCAGUUAUCCCUAAAUUAUUUUAACUCUGUUAGCGGGCGCUCACCGAUCGUUCAUACGGAACUCACUCGUUCCGUUGUGCCUUAAGGGCUCUCUCUCUCAAGCCCAACCAGCAGCCGCAGAGCGGCGCAUGAUAUAUAGGCUCGGGUGUUCCACACUUCGGGCUUGGGUAUGGCUGGCUGACGACGGCUAAUAAGCCAGAAAUGGCCAUUCCAGUCUCCCUUGUCUUUGUCGGUAAUCAUUCUUUGAUAUUUUGGCAGAUUUUGAAUAAUUCAUAUUGACCCAACUGUGAAAAACUCGACGCCUCGGUGGGAUUCGAACCCACGCAGUAAGGGGGAAGGCUUUAGUACAGCCAACGCUCUAACCACCUGAGCUACGAGGCCCCGCCGGACGACGCGAGUUUUAUCACACUUGGGUCAAGUUACCCGCCCAACCUACUGCAACGUCUGGAAUCCACCAAAUCUGAUACAGUAAGUUGACUGGCCAAGCAGGAUUUCCUAAGUAAUUCACCUAGAAUCCACCAGAUGACAGAUGCUUGGCAGUUAAACUAGCGUGUGUUCCCUUAACACUACGAUCCUGUUGAGGUGAAAGACUAGAAAGCACCAUUCCCCAUAGAAUUUCCAGCAGUUGUAGCAAACAAGGUGUGUUAGCGGCCUGCUAAUGACGUGCGCCAGGCAGUCCGAGUCGUCUUGAUCCACGCCUCAAGGGUCCGGCAAAAACACUUAGCUGAGUUAAAAUCGGUUUUUGGGUCUUCAUGCUCUGCCGUCUUCAUCGUCAUCAUAGAAUGCAGUUUUCAUACAACAAGAAGCUGCAAUAAUUCCUUUGAUCAAAUUGUGAAAAACUCAACGGCCUCAGUGGGAUUCGGGCCAACAACAACAUGGCCACUGUUUGUGCGCAUCCAACGCUCCAACCACCUGAGCUGUGAGACUCUAACCGGCCACUGUGAGUUUAAUCGCAUCUGAGUCUAGAUGACUGUACUCAAGCCUUACGCUUUCUGCUAUAGGUUCGAAUCCAACUAAGGCUGCCGAGUUUUUCACAAUUGGACCAGAUGAAUUAUUCAAAUCUGCCAAGACACCUUUUGCUUAAGUGAAUCCGGUGGAUUCUAGACUGAUCGCCUAGGAAAUCCCGCCUGGGCAGUCAGCCUACUGUAUCAAGAUUGGUGGAUUGUAUACGUUUCAGUGAGCUGGACGUGUGAUUUAAGUCACGCCCUCCCUCGUCAGGGCAUCCUAGCUCAGGGGGUUUAAAGCCCCGGCCUUGCUGUAGUGGGUCCGAAUAGCGCCAACGCUGACGGGUUUUUCAGAAUCGAGUCGAAUGAAAUAGCAGAUUGUGACCUAGGACCUAAACUUAGCAUCUCUAGAGUCUUAACUACACAAUGCUUUUAGUUUGUUGUCCGGGCGUCACAGUCACCUCGCUGUGGGUUCACAUGACUUGUGUGAUUAUCAGAUGCUGUUCUGAUCGAAGAACGCGCGCGCACAUAUUGUUGCUAGUUCCUAAAAAUGGCAACCCCCUUUCGACUUUUGGCCUCAAUGAUGAGUCACUUCGCGGUCCGAGUAACGAUUGCAGUGCCGGCGCCAGCGUUCACGCAUUUUCAAAGGCAGGUGCACACACCUACGAAACAACUGGCUUGCUACUUGUGUCGCCAUUGUGGCGGUGGUAGUCCUCAACCACUGUAGUGCGUCUCCGUUGCCUAAGCCUGCUUUUAUCUAGUUUAGACUAACCAACACGCCAACCCGCUUUGCCCUCGCAGCGUAAUCUGGAGGACUACCCUUUCGAAAGGCAGGCAUGUGUCAUCCUGACUGUUGGCAGGGCUUCUGAACGUUUUUAGAAUAACGUGUCUUCGCUUCUCUCCGCGUAGUCACAUCAUGCAAGCAGUACGUCUGUACUGUGGGCCUCAAGGAUUGUAAGCGUCUGCUAUGCCAGGAUCAUUAAACCAUGGCACUCGCAGCCUGGUAUGCGCUGACACUUCUAUGGCACCUGGGGCCCUGCCGGUAGAUGUGCUUGCGCCCCCGCCGGGUAUACAGACCGUGAGAAUGGCUGCCGCGUUAUCCUCGCGGUCAUUCUUACCCUUUAUGGUGCUGUUGUUGUUGGUUCAAAUCCCCGUCAUUUGUCGUGUGAACCAGGGGCUGUGGAGUGGAGCGCCAAGGUGCGGGCUCGGCCGCACCAUCCACCUGCGUCCGUUCCACCUCCGGUCUUCUUGACUAUGUCUCGACACCGGGUCCGGGGGGAGGGGGGGGGACGGAGGAGAGAGUGCGGUAGAUGCAGCCAAGUUUACUUUUACUAUAACCUAAUUCACGCGCAAGUCAACGUGCCUGCUUCACCCUGCCGUGGAGCUCACGGUAGACAUCAUCGGACACAAAGAUCGAGCUAUCACGUCUGUGCUGUUUGUGGUCGAAAUUUGGCGUCUGGUGAACAGUUAUCUGGCGCGUGAGGAUGGAAUUUUGAACACCUUAGGGAGUCCAAAUAAAAACGCUUUGCACUGUCUCCUCUCGUCCAUUUUGUUUGGCGGACUAACUGUACUAAAUAUUCAAACCUUAUCCCGGGUACCCUGCGAGAAGAAGUCGCCGGGCAAGGGUUUUCAGCGGCAGCGGUUACUAAAGCCCUGACCUGGUGCCAACCUUGUUGUCCAACGCGACUCUGUAUCACUGGUUCGUAAGGCAAAUUGUCAUGACAUCAUGUCGAAUUUGGUGGAUAUUCAUCGUAACUGUCUUGCUGUACUUUAACCCGGACUCACCUUUAGUUGACUACGGACUCCUUAGCGAAGUGAACCGUUUGUUAUGUCAGCCACACAGACGGAAGCCCCUGAGGUUCUGAAAUUCACCCCGGGCUGUGUCGCCUUCCAUUGCUUUUUCACUGACGCACUCAAUUUUAGCAUAUGCCGAAAAGUUUGCAAGCUGACAGGAAACGAUGAGCAGACCGCAGAGACCUCCGAAUGUGACCUUUAUGACAUCUCUCACGUGACGGCGGUUUUGAGUUACGUUAGUCGCUGCACACAACCUCAUCUGCAGUCGGUUUUACCCCGGAGCGUGAGGUCGAUACGCCUCCGAACUGACAUCCACUUUCUCCCUAUGAACAAUCAAACACGCUCUGAAACUACCGCCACGUGCUAGAAGUCGUUGCUCGCAAGGCUGCCAGUUGGCAGGCUAAUUAGGUCCUUCCCUGGAACAGGGGUCCGAAUGUGUGAACUCCUUCCUUACUGGGUCUUUAUGCUGUCUGAAACCUCUGUGAGAUUCCAGCCUGUGUGCGCACGCUUGAGACGGAAGUUUCGUGCAACAAAUUGACCAAAUUGACUUGACUGGAACCGGCAGCUGAUACUUGGGCGUGCGUCCGUCUGUAGACGUCAAUGGUUAGUUCGAAAGAACAUCAGUUAUGCUUUUGCAGACCAUAAAAGACGCAAACUCCUACACCCGGAACGCCACCACCCCCGGGUUUGCGGUUGUUAACGAAUAGGAUUUAGUUAUGAGUUCCAAUAGGGCGCCGUCAGAGGCUCCCCUGUUAUAGGCCAAGAUAAGGUCACUGAUGAGGUGCUUUAAUAAAUCGAGGAGAUAGUUAUUAGUAGAGAACCCGAACGAAACGACACCAUUCGUUCAGAGUCGGCAAAUUAUUCUGUUCGAUGAACCACUCCGUAAAACACCAUUUUCGUGACCAUUACAGAGUUUAUAAAUGUUUACGAUUAUCGAUUCAACUGGCUUUAGCGUUCCAGAACAUCUCCUAAGGACACCUUAUUGACUGUAAAGCGCUCACACGCUUAGGCAGCUGAGAACCUCAUUAAUUAAGAAGAGUUCAGAUUAUAUGUUUGUUCGCUGAUUCAUCCCCUGACACGGUCACGCCAGUUGUAUAUAAGACGGUUGAUGCGCUAUCUCAUGAAACGUUGAGCGAAAUUCUGAAGUGAGUUUUCGAUUCAUAAAGACCAAUUCAAUAGAGUUUUUAAUAUUAAUUGUCGUGCAGCUUAGGGUAUUUCAGUAGCGCCAGAGUGUCCGCUUUUGAAUAAGCUCCUUUUCGACCAUCUACAAAAAUCGCACCCCGUAAAAAGUGACUACUUAAGAAGUAGUGAUUUCUUCUUGGCGGAUCCUUCCUUACAUUAGGAAUGUGUCUGAACUCGUUGAAAGAAACAGGAGGAAACACCAAAUAAAAGUGACGCACAAACCGACGACCACUUUAUGCACUCAGCUUGUACACCCUAAGGACAGGGUUGGCUAUCUUGAUAAGAAAGAUGCCUUCUGUAACGUCCCAUGCGAUGCCUGUGUUGCUGUAUAUUAUGGCCAGACGGGAAAGUCUGCGUCUACGCGCAUACAUAAACAUCAACUGGCAGUUAAAAGGCGUGACCACCUGUCUCAACUGGCCAUGCACACUUUAGACACUGGACACACCUUCGCAUGGGACAAACUCGCAUUGUCGGCGUUUAUCCCGCCAAAAAAGACCGCGAGUUUUUCGAAGCCACACACUCCGAAGAAACGUACAUCAAUCGACACAUUGAGUUAUAUUCCACGUACAACAAUCUCAGGGAAAAGUGGAAGAGAAGAGAUCCAAUCAAUGCCGAAUGACGUACACGACGACCGCUUACUGGCGCAAACGCCAAAUUAAUAUCGAUUCUUAAGCACAUUUGAAAUGCUAAUUGUUGUUUGCUCAUUUGCUCAAGUCUGAAGACGACCUGGGGAAUCAGCGUCGAAAGUUUACUUAAUAAAGUUUUCGACUUUUCCCAAAGAAAGUUUUUGCCUUCAAAUUAUAUUUCUUGGGAUGCCUGCGUUCCAAUUCAUUUAAUUAUAUUUUAUAGAAACUAUGCGUAAAGAUAUUCAUUCUUUCCCUCACUUGAUAGCACGUUGCGUCUUCUUCAAAUUUAAUUCUUGAUGAGAGAGUAUCUUUUAAUUUUUGACAAGUUUCGAUUGUCAGACUGAAGACUGUGAAAUGUUCAUUACUACGGCUAUGCCUCAGCACAUUUACUAGUGCUACUUAUAAAACAUACAACCAGGUCCACAUCCGUUGCACAAUUUUAUGAGUCCUAUACGCUGUCUUAAUAGUAGUGUAGAUAAAUAAGUGGUAUUUUUUGACAGAACGCACACAGCAUGUGGACUGUAAACCUUGAAAGCAAGUGCAACGACAGGUGGGACAAAAAAUUAUCCAAGAAUUAAUAAAGUUUUUUAGGCAACUAUAAAGUGUAGGACCCUCAAGUAGAUGGCAACUUCAAAAAUAUACCCUAAAAUUCAGUGUGACUGUCGAUGUCACUUAUUAUUCACCGCUCCUAUUGUGUAAAAUUUGCCUCCCUUCCUGACUAAAUUGCAUUGUGUUUGUUUUUUAAUUAUCGCGCCCACUUUCCUUGCAAAAUGACAGUGUACAAUGAGACUUUCGGCAGAAAUUCAUCGAUUUCCAGUGUCCUCUUGCUCUCCGUCCUAUGUGUUGCCCCGCCUGUAAAACCUUCUUUACCACCAUUCAACCUAUGACAUGGCCCACAGUCUAGCUCAAGUCAGUUUGGUGGUCCUACACCCUGUCGUUGCCGUUUUUGGAACCAAAAUAUGCUCUCUUUUUUCAAAUAUAAAAUUCGGAAAAUAUGCAAUGCGCUAUUAAAUGAGUUCACGAAUGAAUAUUUUUAUGCGCGUUUCGAGGAAAUAUUAUUGAAUUUCCGAGGGCAUUUCAAAUCAAUGUGAAAAAACUAUAUCACUUUAGUAGUAACGUUCUACAGAGUGCGGUUUUUGUAGGCUACCGAAAAGAAGCUCAUUCAAAAGCCGGCAGCCUGACGUGACUGAAAUAUCUUAAGAUUCUGCUGCAUGACAAUAUUACAACCCUACUUUGGUAACCUUUUGGAAUCGAAGUCAUAUUCUGGAAUUUCGGUUAACAUUUCGUUAAGUAGCACAUCCACUGUACUUAUCUCCAAACCAUGAGUUCUGAAGUUGUCUAGAGGUUCAAAUCAGCUCAAUAACACUGCAUGUGUUCCCUCCGGUGGACGAUAACAGUUGCCCAGAAACCCGGUUGAAUAAUGACUCACCGGAUUCGAGUUGAAAGAGGCGGCUUGCUUGAAGAACGGUCUCCUCUGGCCACACUCGUAAUUGACCUCUACUUGUUGGAUCACACGCCUGGUGUCUGCCAUACUUAUAGUGCUUUCGAUACCCGCCCAGUUGCAUGCUAGCGAGUAUUCAUCAUUCUGCGGAUAUACAUGAAAUCUUCCCAUGUGGAAGGGUUUUUUGCGUCCGUGACUGCCACCUUUUUCCCGGCGCUGACUAAUUUGGAUUUCCGUGAACUGAAGAUCACGCUAGUAUUUGUUGUACAGGUUUACUCAAGAGCUGCCUUUUCCUUCUCAUAGCCUAGAAGUAAAUAUCAAGAAAACGCACUAAAAUCAUCCGGACUGGGGGAAUAAAACAGUUGCACGUACUUUUGUCUUAGCCGAAACCUUCGGCUAUCUCUCUGUGCACGCCUACAUUCCUUCUUGUGGACGUAAUUACCACGCAUCCACUUGCCUUUUCAAUAUGGCAAUUUGUUGAGACCAGCUCCUUCUAGGCCAAUUGGUGCCGUGUUAUACGAUGAUGAUCCAUGCUAAAGCACGUCUGAAGGGCUAUUUACGCACAGAAAGCCGACACAGACGGCGCUCUUUUGGGUUGAUGUUGUGCCCUCGCCGACAGUCGCAUAGCGAAAUAAAAGAGAAGGUAUUACCGAUGAUGGCGGGUUGGACAGCUUCAUGCCCAACCCAAUGACCAAAGAGCCUGCCUUCGAUUCCCAAGUCUGGGGUCCGCCGACUUGUGACGGUUACCAAGCCCGAAAUACCCAUUUUAGUCUCCCUUGUCCUUACUGGUAUCCCUUUCUCUGAAGUGAGAUAGUUCACGCGUAUGUAGACAUCCGUUUCGCGCCAUGGGCAAUUUUUUCAUCACAAAGCAUUCACUUGUCAGUUCGAAGUUACAUGACCCUGACUCUCGAACUCAGGCCAACGCCAAGUCCGCUCCAGGUGCAGUUUGCUAUAUAUACAGGACACGGGUCAUGUCCAGGUUAUAAAAACUACCUCUCCCAACCGUGAGAGCAAUGUUUGUAUGUAUGUGCUCUCUGUCGCUCCCUUGGGGAUGAAUAUCCUCUGGUUUCGCUGCUUCCACUAUACGAAGCGGGGCUGGGGACGACUCGGAGUCGAACCAGACACAAAUGUAAACAAAGACAACUACGGUGCUAAUACGUGUGCCUGCAUGCAGUACGUGUACUCAACAAACGAGAAUCAUCUUUCUGUCGAUACAAGCGACGAUGCGAGUACCAGGAACUAGUCAAUCAAAGAAGUAGAAGCGAUCGCUGGAGCAGGAGCUUUAUUCGCCUGACGUUUCGGAUUCUCGCUCUGAUGAUGGGUUCGGGCAAAAAUCCGAAACGUCAGGCAAAUAAGGCUCUUGUUCCAGCCAUCGCCUCUACUUCUUAUCAAUAAUCUUUCUGUAGGCAAGUGGGUUGGCAGUGCUGCUCUCUCCUGCUGGGUACUUUUUACUAGACACUACUAACUUGGCCAAGUAGCGUUCAUGAGAGAGACCAUCGUGGCGAGCCGAAUGAUUGUUGUAUUAAAGCCCGUGCUAACGCUCGGCAAUAUUUUGCACAGCAAGUGAAGUCAAAUCUGAGAUUCAUGUAAUGGUUUCCUUUUUAUCCCAACGUCAAAGGACUCGUUAAUGUUGAAUUUGUCCUUUGCGGCCCCCAGAGUGAACCAGCAUGACUGUCUCUGCCAGUGCUCAUGCGAUUGUGUGAGGCAGCGAGAACGCGCCUGCCCGCACAGCAUUCAGAAUCAACCAGUUUUUUGGCGAAAAACGGCAUGACAACGGUUCCUCACCCCCCUGUCCUUACUCGCCCGACCUAGCCCCCUGCGACUUCAAGAAUGAAGAAGGCCUUUUCAGGACGUAGAAGAGGUUAAGGAAAAACUUUCUGGACGCACUUAACAGAACUGCUUCAGGAGCAUAUGAGAAAAAUGUUUUGAACAGUGGAACACCUAUUGGGACAGGUGUAUAUCAUCUACUGAGCAGCAUUUCGAGGGAGAUGUCAUCUUGAAUAAAAAAGAAAAUAAAAUGAAUAAUUCUCGUUUCUUGGGACAACGAGUCCGUGGCUCAGUGGUUAGAGGCAUUGAACUUCUAGCUAACAGGUCGCAGGAUCGAGCCCCAGGUGUUCCACACUUCGGGAUUAGAUAUGGCUGGCUGACGACGGCUAAUAAGCCAGAAAUGGUCAUUCCAGUCUCCCUUGUCUUUUUCGGUAAUAGCAUUCAGCCCAUGUCAUGUGCCGCCGUGCGGCUGCUGGUUGGACUCGACAGAGAGAGCUCGGAAGGUUCAACGGGACGAGUGAGUUCCACAAAAACGAUCGGUGAGCCCCCCUCUACCAUAAUAAAAAAAUUAAAUAAAUUAUUCUCCUUUUUAAGGUACCUUUUCUUUGUGUAUGCUAGGUCUUCACUGAAAGAGUUACAAAAUUGCUUGAAGGGAACUCAAAGCUGUCGAAACACUAUCACGUCUGUUGCAAGGCAACAUGAGAACAUUCUAAAAAGGCUAUUUUACCCUCCUGGCAGGCCCCACCUACUCCUAGAGCUCCAGCCCCACCUUCGCCUGCUCACACGCAGUCUCAAGCGCCGUUGCCGCCUCAGACGCCCACUGGCAUGCCUAGGAAACCGUACGCGCCACGCGAUGUUCCCGCGCCCUUGUCCAGAGAACCCUCCGCGGUGGGUGAUGUGCCAGUACUCUCCAAUUCGCGUGGACCAAGGCCCAGUGUUCCGAGUCGAAGCUACAAAGAGCGUGCACAGGUAGAGGUCCCGUUGAUUCGCUUUCCGUCGUAGUAAUGAAGACGCCCUUGGAAAUCUGGCAGAUUUUUUUGUCGGUCUCAAUCCCAGGAACACGUCAGAGGGGGGCUUUUAGUGGAGACGGUUCCCAUUUUGGAGCUCCAACUUUCCCUCCUGUAUUGAUGUCCAUUUCGUGCUUCAUCCACUCAGUUGCAAAUAUGAGUGAAGUGUAGGCAUGUAGUCGACCAUGGUAACUUAGGGGUCCGGCCUGCAACUGCCAUGACUGAGGUCAAACUCGACUGUCACGUCAACUGGCUUUUUAAUCGUCAGUCAGGAGCAGUCUUUUCUCGUGACCCCUCCUCUUCACCCCUCCUCAUCCCCGUCCUCCUCCUCCUCCUCCUCCUCCUCCUCCUCCUCCUCCCGUUCAGUGGAAUUAUUAGUACCUGUACUUGGCACAGCCUUGGUCAUGCCUGAUCUAACUGGCUCCACUAGUGUCGCGGAUCGCACUUUCCCACACGUGACGACCCGUGGCAAUGGAUCCGGGAGGCUUGACGCAUUGUCACCCUCCAGCUGCAAAGAUCUUUUACCGAAGGUCCAAGAACCACUUUCAUGUCUUAAAGAACUGUGUCGAACCGUACUUUGCGUUGGCGACAACGGUAGGAUGUAGGAUUCCACGUAGCUGGCAACUCCGACAUGUACACUAAAAUUCUUGUAACUUCAAACACCCCUUAUUAUUCACUGUUCCUAUUGGUUAAAAUUUUCUGGGUUUUCGGACUGAAUGCGAACUUGCCAUCGGCGAUCUAUUCAAAAUCCGUUAUUUUGAAAAUUUCCUUUUUCAUUUUUUAAGUCUUCGCGCUCGCUUUCUUUGCCAUAUGGCAACAUACAGUAGGACUUUCGGCAGAAAUUUAUUCAUUUUCUGUGUCUUCUUGCAUUCCACCUACCCGUCGCCUGGUGUGUUGCCCCACCCGCGAGAUCCCCUCUACCACCGUUCAACGUUUAACAGGGUUCACAAGCUAGCUGAAGUCAGUUGGGGGUCCUACACCCUACUGUUGUCGCGUUAGCCUCCACUUCGACGUCCGCAGGUUGGCUGCGACACCGGAUCGAGGGCAGCAACACUAAGCACACGCGGCGGACGACGAAGAACGCAUCUUAAGCACUUCAGUCGUCCUUCUUGGAUGUCUCGAUAUAUCCUCGUCAUGUCGCUGACGGUCCCAUCCGAAACAAAGUGCACUGCGCUCCAAGGACAGUGCUCAGACAGCGGUGCUUAAACAUCUCCAGUUUUCGAUCAUAUUCUAGGCUCAGUCCAGUCCAGCAUUCACAACCAUAGAGAAAGACUGACCGGAUGGAUGCGCGGUACACGCAGAUCUUCGCGGUAGCAGUGAUGUUGCGUUGGGUCCAUAGACACUGUCAGAGGAUUGUGAAAAUCCGGUGAGCAGCGUUGCAUCUGGGGGGAGGAUGUUGUCCUUACUGUGUCCAUUCGCCAACAGCCUCGGCUGAGGCAUCUAUCGGCCUUUUCAAGUUAUUGGUCACUUUUACCCGAGGAGUGCCUUCUCCUGGCAAAAGAUGCAGCUCCAAAACACUUUGGUCUGCCCAGUGUUUAUAGGUAAACUAACGGAAUUAGUGACACCAUCCUGCUGCGACUCACCACAGACUGCAGAUCACUAAGGCUUGUGGCCAGCAAGGCAAUAUCGUCAGCCCAAUCGAGAUCCGUCCGCAAGCGUCCCGGUACAAACUGAACACCCCAAAACUGCCUAGGAUCCUUCCUAACAAAGUAUGACAAGACUCGAGCGAAGGGAUAAUAUUCUUACUCCUUAUUCUCUUUCACCAUAUUUAUUUCGGCGCAUUUAAGUAUUGUUUUAUGAGCUCAUACACUGUGUUAUGCCCAAGUAAUCCUGUCUUGGCGCAUACGACCUCUGCUGCUCCAUCAAUCCUGCAUAGGAUACCGUGUGUGCAUGAAUGAGCAGUUUUCUAAAUCCGCAACACGCUUCUCUCCCCCCCCCCUCCCGCCUCCCUAAGCCUGUUGCGCCAAUGAUGCCAGCACCUCCCCCCUGUCCGCCAGUGAACGGUUCAAUGGGCAAUUCUACGGAGCCCUGGGACAGGCGUUUCACCUUUCCCGACAAAAGCACUUUCCCUCCACCUCCGCCGCCUUAUACUGGCCCCAAAACCUACAUUGGGCAUAGACAAGGUGAGUCACUGCUCUGUUUGCCCCCUUUAGGCGGGAUGGUGCCGGUGAUGAUGACCUCUCCGUUUCGGAAGUUAUAUAGCCCGCUUUUCUUCUGUCCAACUACUUUCCCAGAGUGA